ACCUCCUAUCGGGAUCACUUCCGCCGCUGAAAUCAGUUUCCGCCCUGCUCACCCGGCUUUGCUCUCUUGGCCGCUAGUCAAGAUGGAGGAGUACGCUCGGGAACCUUGCCCGUGGCGAAUUGUAGAUGACUGCGGUGGAGCCUUUACAAUGGGUACCAUAGGUGGUGGGAUCUUUCAAGCAAUCAAAGGUUUUCGAAAUUCUCCAGUGGGAGUAAACCACAGACUACGAGGGAGUUUGACAGCCAUUAAAACCAGGGCUCCACAGUUGGGAGGUAGCUUUGCAGUUUGGGGAGGUCUGUUCUCCAUGAUUGACUGUAGUAUGGUGCAAGUCAGAGGAAAAGAAGACCCCUGGAAUUCUAUCACUAGCGGUGCCUUAACCGGGGCCAUCCUGGCAGCAAGAAAUGGACCAGUGGCCAUGGUUGGCUCAGCCGCGAUGGGUGGCAUUCUCCUAGCUUUAAUCGAAGGAGCUGGUAUCUUGUUGACGAGAUUUGCCUCUUCACAGUUUCCCAGUGGCCCUCAGUUUGCGGAAGACCCCUCCCAGUUGCCUUCAACCCAGCUGCCAUCCUCACCUUUUGGAGACUAUCGGCAGUAUCAGUAGGACUAGUCUCCCAGGGUUUUUUGAACAAAAAGAGCUGCAGUUGAAGAAGGCUUUCAGAAGGUCAAGUUACAGUCUGUUUUUAAAACUGUGGGUGCAACAACUGUGGCCAUCGAGGCUAUGAACAGACAUUUGGCACUUUUUUCUAUUUAAAGGAAUAUGGAGGGGGAUAGAAGAUACUACAUUUAUUUAUUCACACUUGGAUUGCAUUUGUGAUCAAAAUAAAUGUCUAAUAUCAUUACAAGAAAAUACAGUAAGACGAAGGACCAAAGGGCAAAUUACAGUGAAACAUGACCAUCAUUUCUUGGGGACUUCUCUGCCUGGUAUUGUGUGCUCUUAUUCAGACAAUAAAAGCUCCUGUAACUUUUCUUUUAA